AUGUUGAGAAAGAAGCAGAUUCGGGGCAUCUGGCCAACACCUACGCCAGGUACUUAUAUAGUACGGGAUUUUAUUGAAGAAGCCCAGCUCAACCCAGUGAAAGCGACAUAUAAUUUUAAAGGAGAAGGCAGAAAGAGAUAUUCCAUCUUCCAACCAACAGCUGAUCUUACGCUACCAGAUGUUUAUAAAUACAUUCCUCUGAGCUUUGUAGACUUGGCAGGACAAAAGCCAGCUACAUAUUCGUUUAAAAGCACACCAAGGAAAAGUCCCAACACCUUAUGUUUUAAAGAUAAGGAUAUUGACACUGCACCAGGACAGUAUGAUCUUUUCCCUGUUCCAGUGCCCAAGUUUGCAUCCAAGCAAUUUAUGUUUCGUUCUGCAGUUCAAAGAUUCCCAACAACUUACUUCACUCCUAAAGAAGGGCCAGGGCCAGGUGAAUAUGAAAUGAAGGGAAAACCACUUCAUCCUGUAUCUUCGUGUUUCCAGUCCAAAGUGCCUAGGUUACAGCCAGUCCGUUCAAAAAUACCAGGUCCAGGAGCUUAUGAGCCCACAAGGCAGUUUCCAAAGCAACCACGAACUAUUGCAAGCCUGGGUCACGAGCACAGCAUCUUCUUUAGCAACACAUUUGGGUUUUAGAAUAAACUGUCAAAGUACCUGCUUUUAAAAGAAAACCACAUCCUCUCCCUCCGCCCUUAGAAACCCGGUCUUCACCCCUAUGUAUUUGCCCAUGAUGGCUCUUUCCAUUAGAAACUUGGUAUUUGCCAACAGUUAACACACUGGGAACUGAGAUAGAGCAGGAAAUAAAUGUGCUAAGUAUAGACAAAGCGGGGGAGCCACUGGCAAAUGUUGCCUCUUCAGUGGCAACCACAGUAUGUGCUGUGAUAUUUCAUGUUUGUAAGGUGUUAUAUGCAUAUUUAAGUAUUCCGCAUGGAGCAUUGGAGUGCAAAGAGAGCAGGAGGUAACUGGACCAGAGGUAGAUGGAAGAUUUGAGAAGGAAGUUGUAAGUAAUGGAGAGAAUGAAAGGAGAGACAGAGGAGUUAGAGGAGAAAGAGAUCGUGGGGAAGGAGAGGAAAAAAGUAUUUAAUAAUGAGGGGAAAGUUUCAGGAGAAUCAAAGAAAACCAGCAAUAAAAACAAAUAUCUCAAAAGGAAAUAAGUAACAGAAAAAUAAGGUGCUAAAUAGAAAGGGAGAAUCAGAAAAGAUUAAAAAAUAUAUCUUGGAUAAAUGAAAGAAGGAAAAAAUGGAAACACACUUUCUGGCCCCACUUCAGCAAGGUACUUAAUUAUGUGAAUUAUUUAGGGCAUUGACUUCAGUGGAACCAACACAGGCUCAAAGUUGCACAUGUGCUUUAAAUACCUUUCCGAACCAGGGGUUCUUUCAGGAAUAGCAGUGACUGCUAUAGCUAAGGCUGCUUAAAUGUUUUUAUUCUGAUGCCCAUUUCCAGUUUCUUAUAUCUUUCAGCUUUGAGUUGAAAUUUUUCAGGUUUAGUCUCUUUCCAAAGGUGACUUUUUGCGUGUUUGUAUUGUAAAGUUUGAGCAAAACUGGUUCAACCAUUUUUAAGCAGGAGAAGAGUAAAAAGUACUUUUCAUAAAUACUUUUAAAAUCAUUGAGAGUUUUGCCAUAUUAGUGCUCAGUCCUGCGAGGUGCUGAGACCUUUCAACUCUCACUGGCUUCAAUGAAUGAGCACCUCACAGGAUAGAGUUUUAUAGAACCAUAAUUUAUCACUGUUUGUUUUUUACCACUUUAUUGCCAGUAUCUAGAAAUGUUACUUAAUCUCAGCUAUGCAUGAUUUCCAUUACUGGUGUUAGGUUUCAUUACCUUGAAAGCUAGAAUAAAAGUCCAGCAAAUAAUGACUUGUCCAAGACAUCAGCACUUUUGUUUUUACUGCUAAUAUCCGGGGGCGGGGGGUAGUGUAAAAAAAGGUUAACAUAAGGUAUAAAAUAUUGGCUCUCUAGCAAAGCACUAACAUUUUUAGUAGAGGGAUAGAAUUCUGACUGCAGUGAGAUUAGGAGAUUAGGUAAUAAUAAAGGGGGAGCCCUGGGUUGAGAGAGCCAUUUAAAAAUACUUAAACAGUGUAAGUAGGGUUUGCCCCACUUCACUGAGUUUCUGAGGCAUGUGUGUCAGUUACUGGGAGAUAAUGCCUACUGAGACACAGAGAUUUGAAACUUGAAGCUGAGAUCUGGGGAAGUAAUAUUUGUUUGAUUGGUCAGCCUGGCAGAGAGGAGAGGAGAAAAGUCUCUGCUGAUCUGAGAUCAUAUUAACAGGGAAGUCUGUAUCACUUUUUUGUAAUGACAACAUUCUUUAAUUACUGGAGGAAUUUUGUUCUUAUGGACCAUGGUUCUGUCUUCCUCAUGCAAAAGCAAAAAAAACCGUACAAAGCUUUCCACUGCAGCAGAUGUUCUUGAUUAGCCCCUCAAGGUAAUAGUUUACUUCUUUGAUUUGUAUGUUUAAUGCAUGCAAUGAAUGUAGUGUUCUGUGCACACUGCUACAUCUCUGUAUUUGUUGGAUUACUCUGGUAAACUCACACAUGUAUAUACAUUACUUUACAUGUAUGUGAUACUGCAGGACUGGAAAUAUAAAGUGAAAAUGACAUGAACAAACUCUUAACAUUUUUCACCUUUUAAUAAUAGCUUUCUUGUCUCUAAUAAGGCUUAAAAGCCUUCUUUGGUGGUAACAUUCCCCCUGCAUAAGACCCCUGCCCAACACUGAAUUGUGGGGCUUCAGGCCAUUAAAGGGCCUACUUCAAGCCAACUGCACUGGGUAAAAUAUAUUGCACUGGCAAAGAGACAGAGCAACCAGGCUUUAUAUGGUGAAAUGCAGGUGGGGAUUAGGGAGAUUAAAUCAACACACAAAC